AAGCUGCCAAAUUGACAACUAGACUCAGCUCUUCUCCUUCCAGACCCACCUUUCUAAUAUAUUUACUCUCCACAGAGUAAGAGAUUUUCAAUGGCGGAGAGGGAAGCACCAGGGAAGGCUCUGGUGGUCGGCGGCAGCAUAGCAGGUCUUUCUUGUGCACAUGCCUUGAUCACCGCAGGUUGGGAGUUGACAGUGAUAGAGAAGUCUUCAUCCCCAUCUUCCGGCAGUCCUACAGGGGCAGGUCUCAGCCUUGACCCACAGGCUAGGGAGAUCGUCAGCUCUUGGUUGUUAGAUCCAGCCAUCCUCAAUGAUGCCUCCUUGCCAGUUGACAUUGAACUGCUCCAGUUUCUGGAUGGACAGAAGAAGGUUAUGCAGACUGUUGCUAGAGAUGAUAAUUUCAACUACAGAUGCUUCCACUGGAAAGAUCUGCACUCACUUUUAUACAAAGCUUUGCCACCAGGUAUAGUUCUGUGGGGUCAUCAAUUCUUCUCUCUAAGCAUAUCAGAAAACAAAGCUUCAGUUCAAAUCAGAGUCAAAGUUCUGCACACUGAUGAGAUGAGGGAAUUUUCUGCUGAUUUAUUGAUUGCUGCUGAUGGGAGUAUGUCCACGAUUCGACAACAUUUCCUUCCUGAUCACAAGUUAAGGUAUUCUGGUUACUCAGCAUGGAGAGGAGUGUAUGAUUUCUCAAAAAAUAUUGACUCCGACACCAUUGGCACCAUUCGUAGAGCUUAUCCUGAACUUGGAAAAUGCUUGUACUUUGAUCUAGCUUAUGGAAGCCAUUGUGUUCUUUUUGAGCUCAGAAGCAAGCGGCUCAAUUGGAUAUGGUACUUCAACACACCAGAGCCUGACAUCAAGGGGAGAUCUGUGACCCUGAAGGCAAGUCAUGAGUUGAUUGAGAAGAUGCACGCGGAUUCUAGCAUAAUGUGGAGCUCCGAACUUGCUUGGCUUAUUAGAGAAACAAAAAGUCCUUUCAUCAAUGUAAUAUAUGACAGUGAUCCUCUUCCUCAAUUGUUCUGGGGCAAUGUUGUUUUGGUGGGUGAUGCAGCUCAUCCUAUAACACCACACUGCUCCAGAAGCACAAACAUGUCUGUUCUUGAUGCUAAGGUCUUAGGCCUCUGUCUGAAGAAGUGGGGGGUGAAGAAUUUGGGCAUGGCGCUGCAGGAGUUUCAGUCUAUUCGAUCUCCAGUGAUCUCGAGCCAAGUUCUGCACUCCAGACAAGCCGGACGACUCAAGCAAGGGCUUCCUCUUCAAGAUAACACAAUUUUUAAUCCCAAAGAAGCUAGCAGUGAGGAGGCUGCUCAGAUUCAACAUAAAAGCUUGCCAUUCUUUUAUAAAGCUCCUGUGUCUCUCGACUUGUAAGUUUGGGCUUUUGAGUUACUGAGUAUUACAAGAAAUUUUUAAGAUUUGUUGUAGUUUAUAAGCGCCAUCACUCAUGUAGCCAUAGCCUAUAGAUAAAUUUGAGAUUGCUGCUACAACUUUGUAACAAAGAGGCAGUGCCGAUUGACAUAACUAAUUGGCAGACUUUUGCAUUGUGGUAAUGUCUUUGUUUUCUAACCACGUUU